CAUGGAGUUUACAAUUGAAAACUAUACUUUGGUCACUGAAUUCAUCUUGUUAGGUUUUCCAACAAGACCUGCACUCCAGGUUGUUUUAUUCCUUGUGUUUCUGACAUUGUAUGGGAUGAUUUUAACAGGGAAUAUUGGCUUGAUGUUGUUAAUUAGGACAGACCCACACCUUCAAACCCCUAUGUACUUCUUCCUUAGCAACCUUUCCUUUGUAGACCUGUGCUAUUCCUCAGUAAUUGUUCCCAACAUGCUAGUCAAUUUCCUCUCAGCAAAAAAAUCUAUUUCUUACAUUGGCUGUGCUCUCCAGUUUUAUUUCUUUUGUACGUUUGCGGAUACUGAGUCCUUUAUCCUGGCUGCCAUGGCCUAUGAUCGCUACGUUGCCAUCUGCAAUCCUUUGCUGUACACAGUUGCAAUGUCCCGGAACCUGUGCAUAUGGUUGGUCGUGCUGUCAUAUGUUGGUGGCAACAUGAGUUCCCUGGUGCACACAUCUUUCGCCUUUAUUCUAAAAUAUUGCGACAAAAAUGUCAUCAAUCAUUUCUUCUGUGACCUCCCUCCUCUGCUGAAGCUUUCCUGCACGGACACGUCCAUUAACGAAUGGCUGCUUUCCACAUAUGGGAGUUCUGUGGAGGUCAUCUGCUUCAUCGUCAUCAUCGUCUCCUACUUCUUCAUCCUUCUCUCCGUCUUGAAGAUCCGCUCUACAAGUGGGAGGAAGAAAACUUUCUCCACCUGUGCCUCUCACCUCACCUCCGUGGCCAUCUACCAGGGCACGCUGCUCUUCAUUUAUUCUCGGCCCAGCUCCCUCUAUUCCCCCAGUACUGAUAAAAUCAUCUCAGUAUUCUACACCAUCAUCAUUCCAGUACUCAACCCACUGAUUUACAGUUUGAGAAAUAAAGAUGUAAAAGAUGCCACCAAGAAAAUUCUAAAAUUUAAGGUACGAUCUCAAUGA